CACAGCUACACGAAAAAUAAAUGUACUAGGUUCAGGUAGUGAACCAUUUGCAUUAAAGCCAAAUAAUUACGUUGUACUAAAAGUUACAGAAUAUUUACCACAAGAUUCAGUUAUUGUUGCUUCAUUUAAACAUCCACCUUCAAAUUAUGAACCAAAUUUCAUAGCUGAAGUACAAAGUUAUCAAGAUAAUAGAAUUUUACUUAAUAUACAUUGUCUUAAUUAUGAAUCUUCUGACAGUGAAGAAAGCAGUGAAGAUUACGGUGAAGACAAUAGUGAAGAUUACAGUGAAGAAUAUAUUGAAGAUUACAAUGAAGGAAAUAAUGAAAAUUCAAAAAUUUUUCAUACUAAAAUGAAUGAAAACAUGGAAUCUUCAGGUUUUUCAAAAGAUGGCGUUAAUGAAGAAGGUUCUAAUAGCAAAUAUAUUGAUGUAAAUGACAAGAAACCUGCUAGUAAGGAUGCUUUAGCAGUUAGUGAAAAUAUUAAUAACGAUAAAAACAAUUAU